AUGGAUGUUUCAUCAACUGUCGCUACGUGGCUGUCUUUGGCGGUCACAGUCUUGGGUCUUGGUUCCAUCGCUACUCAAUUCGGCACGAUCAUCGAUCAAGCAGACCCAUUCCAUUCCCUGAGGGACAUUCGGCACCUAGGCAGCUGGUGGCGUCGACAACCUACAGUUCCGUGGUAUCGAAUUAUCAAGCCGCCUCCUGUCGGGCCUGUUAUCAGCGCAGACCUCUCAAACGGAAUAUGUGGUAAAAAAAGAGUUCAUCUUAGCCGUCUGCCACUGACACGUCCAGCCGGGCAAGCCGCAUGGUCUAUUUUGCUAGCAGUGGUCCAUCCAAUAUCCGGGAAGGAUAGUCGUUGUUUGAAACCCUUGGAAGGUGUUUCAAUCACUGGCGAGAAAGAAGGUGAACAUAUUGUGACGAUCGCCGACGAACAACUCGACCUCGUCCCAUGUGAGACCUGGGCCGAUAUCCCUCUCCGUCCUCUCGUGAAGCAUAGAUUGACGACUUGCACCGUGAUAUCACGCAGUACUCUUUUGGCAUUAUUCUGCCUAACAAAUGCGCGUCAAUUAUAUCGCUAUAGCAGUGCUUCUGGUCAUCGGGCUGCUUACGCGUCAUAUUGUGGGCAAUGGCGUAUAGAAUGGCCUAUCGGAGACCGCGCGUGUGUGUUUUUUUGUGCACAUGAUUCACAUGUUUCUUCAAAAGACGUAUAUCCGGCAAUCUUCGAGCAGAGGCUCGACAAGUGCUUACAGAUGCUGGCCGGUGUGAUUGAGUCUGAAGUACCAAAUGGCUUCAAGUGUGCCUUCCCGGGACGCAAAUCAACCGGCACAUGGCGACUAGAAUAUGCACCUAAAGGGUUUGGCGGCGCGCACAGCGGGAGACAUCUUUAUAAUAUGAUUGGCGGCAAAGUGAACGAGGUGGACUACUUAUUCUUGAAGCCAAGAAGUAUGGAAAACGAAUCAUCAAAAAGCACCGUCGUGCUUCACCUGCCUAAUAAAGAAGACGGCACUUCUGAUGUCAUCUUAUACAUCGGACAUCAAGAAUCUGUUGUUCUUGACCAGGCUUUGGAUAGCCUACCGUGGUCAUUCCUAUCAUGGUCUAUCCAUUGGGGACUACGUGAUAUUCUCACUGCGUAUUCAAAGUAG